AUGGACUCUUAUAAAACUUCGCCAAAUAUAAGUUCUCCAGCCCUUUCUAGUCCAUCAAACUCCUUCAUAUCAGAAGAAGACAGAGUUGAUUCUGAUAUUGAAGCAGAUAUACUACAAGCCGAUAUUGAUGAAAAUGCGACCGUCAGAACAUGCUCUCCAGCUUCUUUGCAGUCAUCAAGGCUUUCAAGCUCGUCAGAAGUGUUUAUUCGUAAAACCGUAUUGUCCUCCGUAUCCUGUCAGCUAAAGAAUUCUUCAGUAAAAUGUCAUGUAGGCGACCCUUCAUGCAUAUCUUUUCGCAAGUAUGUAGCAAUCGGGACAAACAAAGGUGUCAUAUUUAUUUUCAAUUUACACCAAGUUUUGAGACUUUGUUUCGGGAAUAUAAGCCCAGCAAAUACUCCUGAAGCAAAAGCUGGAGAAGCUCAAGGUCCAAUAACUGCUCUAAGCCAAAAUCCGAAUGGAACUUUAUUAAUGAGUGUGUAUAGUAGUGGUAGAAUUGCAGUUUGGCAAAUUCCUACUUCAGUCUUAUCUGAAAAAUGUGGACAAGACACAAUAAUGGGUUACCAGUAUGCUCCUAGUGAUGAGUCAGACAUACCGGAAACAACACAAAGAAACGAUAAUGGUCUUGGCCCUCAUCACUUAACUAACAACUAUGCACCACAGGGGUUGUCAAUGGCUCCCAAAAAGAAGAGUUCUAUUUCCUUUUCUAAUAGCUAUAAUUAUGGGCGUCUCCUGUGUAUAAUCGACGAUGCACAUGGAGUUGGUCAUUCAAUCAGUUUUUGUUGUUUUACUACUGUCUCCUCAUUAGCUUCCUGUGUUGACACCGGAGGAUCAGUGUUUCAAAUUAAGUUUACACAAGGCUUGGUAGGUAUGAAGGGAGAAGCUAUGUGUUUCUUUUCUGGAAGUCGUGGAGAAAUAUGUGUAAUGGAAGCCCUCGGAUUGAAUGCUAUGAAAACUAAUAAAAAUUUCGAUUCAAAACAACUAGAUGACCAAGUGAAAGAAGCUAAACUCUCCAUUCUAAGUUCUUCUGCUCUUUUAGCCAUGGCUUCAUUUACCAAGCUGAUCAUUGUACAACUGCGUCCUCGUGUUCAAGUUGCACACUGGCAGGUUUUGAAAGGACCACCUGCGCUUCUUCCUUUUUUAAAUUGGUACUGGAUCGCUGAUUCUCCUGAUACUGCAUUUAUUGCUUUUGGUCGAGGUUCAGUCGUUCACAUUAUGCAAGUCUCGAAAAUCCUCCAAUCAGACAACACUUCUGUGAAUUCGUUACAACUAACUGAUUCUCCUUUUCCUGAUAGUACCAACUUAUUACGUGCUAAUACUUCAAAGAAUAAUGAAAAUCAGCUUAGUUUUAGAUUGUUAUAUACUUUCAGUUUUGAACAAAACUUUCUCAACCUGAAGUGGAUCUCUUUUGAUCAACUUAUUGCUGUGAAUGAAAGUGAACAACUUGAUUUGUUGAAUAGUAUAACUGGUGAAAUACUAGAAACCGUUGACAUUUCAAAUACUCAUCUCCGUUACAAUUCGGAUUUAUUUAAACAUCCGAAAAUUAGUGAAGCUCUUGCUUUUGCUGGAGAACGUGCUUGUAUGCAUUCUAUUACUGCUUAUGGAUCUCAGUUAUUGUUACUUGGUGAAACUGGUUUAUACUUGAUUGCAUUACGUACUUGGAAUGAGAGUGUCAUUUUUCUUUUACGCCGUAAACAACUUCAAUUGGGUCUCAAUUAUAUGGAAGCUGCACUGAAAUCGUUAACAGCAGUCAACCAAACUAAUGUUGCUUAUUCUUCCAAUGAAAAAGUGGAAAAAGAUUAUCAUGGAUCCUCAUUUUACAAUCAAAUCCUGACCAUUCUUCAUGACGAAGUGCUUCAAGUAUUAGUGUCUCAGGUUGAAGAACACGAUAAUUGGAUAUCUGCGUCUUCAGUUAUUGAAUCAAUUUUUAGAAUAGUCCUUAUGAUUAAGAAGCCUGAUUUCAUAUGGUUGGAUUUGUAUCCAGCUGUUCGAACUUUCCCCCGCUUAACAUCUGCUUUAUUUAACGCUACGUUUUCUAUUCUAAAGUCAUUACCUCCAUUUGAACAACUACGUGCAAACUGUUCUCCACCUGUACAUACUAUUGAUCCCAAGCAGGAUUUAUUCAACUCCCUCCAGAUAUGA